AUGAGACAAUGUACUUUGCAAAGUCAUUGGAAUUUUAUAAAUGAAAUGAAAUCAAAUGUUAUUCCAACUACAACUACCAAUAGUAGCAGCAGUAGUACAACCACCAUAGUUACAAAGAAUAAACCAAAUAUUAAUAGUAGCAAUCAUCAUAGUCAGAUCAAUACUAGUACUAUGACUGGUGGUGGUGGUGGUAGUCAGAGUAAAUAUAGUAGUUUAAAUAGUAUUAGGAGAAGAGGAAGUAGUAGUAGUAGUGUUGGCAGUUCUGGUUCUGGCUCUGGUAGUACUAUCACCUCCUCUUCCACCUCCUCUUCCAAUACAGAGAAUAUGGAUAAUGCAUUCGAGUUUGAUGCACCACAGUUCUUUGAUUUCCAAAUAUCAAACAUCGAUGACCAACAAAAUAGUUAUAGCGAAGCCAGCAGCAAUACUAGUGUCAAUUGGUCUGAGCAAAUCAAUCUACUGAAAGGUGAUACAUUUACAUACGAUGAAAAAGUAGAGAGUGAACUGAAUGAUUGGUUUUCUCUCACACAUCCAUUACACGAAAAACAACGAAUAUUAGAUAGUAAUAAUAGUAAUAGCAAUAAUAAUAAUAGUAGUAAUAUAGGUAAUGAGAAUGAUUUAGGUAGCAAUACUCAUACCAACAAUAAUAAUAAUAAUAAUAUAACACCAAAGAAUAGUAUGGGAAAGAGAAUUAGUAGUAUAAGAAGAUCUUCUAAAAUUUUAACACCACCAAACUCAACUACACCAUCAUCAUCAUCAACAACAUCAUCAUCUUUAUUAAAGCCAAUAUAUAGUGGUGGUGUUGGAACAACCAAUAAAUCAACAACAACUUUAAAGAGAUCAAGUUUAAAUAUAAAUAGUGAUAGAACCAAGAGAUUUAGUUUAAAUAAUAAGGAAAAUAAUAUUAACAUUGUAUCAACAACAACAACAACACUAUCCUCAAAGAAGGAAGAUUCGAAUUCACAUUGUUCUACGACAACAACAUCAACAAUAACAAAACCACCAUUUUCAGCAAAACCUCUUUUAAAACCUACAACAUUACACAAACCAAUAGCAACACAAACAACAACCACCACCACUGCCAAUAAACCACCUGUAAUUAAACCCAAGAAAACAACAACAACAACUUCGAAAUCAUCUAAAAAAGACGAUGAUAUGGAUGAUAGUUUGAAAGCAUUACUUGCCCAACAUAAUAAAAAGUUUAAUAAAUCUAGUUAUGAACCUAGAAUGUUUUCAGUGAAAGAUGUCAGAAUGUGGGAAAAACAUUCAGGACAAACUUGGUACUCAUUAUCGAUUCCUGACAGAGAGCUGGCAAAUGAGUGGAUUAGAGAGAAGAAAAAAGAGAUUGAUCAACAACAAAGUGAUUAG